UGCUUUUAGUGAGUCUCUGUCUCUCCAGGAGAUCCCACUGCCCCUUCCUGUGGACCCGCACGCACCGAGGAGGCUUACUUAGGAAACAAGAUGAGGGUGAUUGCCCACAGUCAGUAUCAAAGAUCCCAAAGAAUUUCCAUCUUCCUGAGCAUGGUGGAUGAAAUCGAGACAGAGGAGAUCAUCAAGGACAUUUUCCGACGAGGCAAAACCUGCUUCAUCCCACAGUACCAGUUCCAGAGCAAUCACAUGGAUAUGGUGAAGUUAGCAUCACCGGAGGAAAUUUCUUCGCUUCCCACAACAUCCUGGAAUAUUCAUCAGCCUGCGGAAGGCGAGGUUCGAGAGGAGGCCUUGUCAACUGGGGGACUUGAUCUCAUCUUCAUGCCAGGUCUUGGGUUUGACAAACGUGGCAACCGCUUGGGGAGGGGGAAGGGCUACUACGACACGUACCUGAAGCGCUGUCUGCAGCAGCAGGAAGUGAAGCCCUACACCAUGGCCUUGGCUUUCAAAGAGCAGAUGUGCCUCCAGGUCCCCGUGGAUGACAACGACAUGAAGGUAGAUGAAGUGCUUUAUGAAGACCCAUCAGCAUCUCCAGUCCAGAUAACGGCAGCCAAAUAAUUCAUGGUUUUUGUAGCAGAGAAAAACAAACCAUCUGGAGUUUGCCCUGUCAAAAUACGAUUGAAAUUGUAAUCCUUGUGCUUUUGUACCAGAGAAAAACAAAAUAUACGUAUAUGCCUUGUCAAAAAAACAAUUGAAAUUAUAAUCCAUGUUUUUGGUACCACAGAAAAACAAAAUAUAUGUAUUUUGCCUUGUCAAAAACAUUUGAAAUUACACACUAAUGUGGAUAUGGCCAACAUUUCUGAAAAGUGCACCGAUAAAAUAUCCAACAUAAAGUUGUCAUUUAAACCAA